CAUAACAACACGUGUCUAUAAAGAAUGUUCACGACGGGUAAAAUAAAUUAACCCAUCAUAAUUAAUGUAGGAAGACAUAAUUCAUUGUCCUUAGGGAUACUUAGAAAAAAACUAUUUAUAUUCACACAAUACAUGCAUAUUGAUUUAUUCUUCCGACGAACUACAAAACUUUGUACCAGAAUGGAAUCUGUAUUGGAUUAUUCUAUCUUGUAGAGACAUCUGCGAGUUUGAGAGAUAACGUGCACUAUUUAAUGAAUCGUCCGAUAGGAUGGAUGUAAUAUAUCAAUAUAUACCAUUUUAGAAGUACAUUUUUAAUAUAAGUCUAGUAUGACUGGCAUUCAGAAAUAUGUGUAUCAAAUUGUCGGCUUAAAUUAUGCAAUUUGUGUGAUAUUUAAAUUAUUAUGGAAGUGUGUUGGGCAUCCUAUUCAAUAUUUGCGUCGAUUGAACAAGAAGCCACCAUGUACUCGCCCGGAGUGUCUAUUAGAUGAAAGUUUUGGUUCGCAUGAAUUUAUACAACUUAAGGAUGUUAAAUGGCAUUGCGUUAGUAAAGGAAAUAAUGACAAACCACUGAUGUUGUUCCUACAUGGUUUUCCUGACUUCUGGUUUGCGUGGAGACAUCAAAUUAAAGAAUUCAGUCGAAGAUAUAGAACAGUUGCUAUAGACUUGAAAGGAUUUGGAGAUUCUGACAAACCAACAGAAAUCACUGCUUACUUAACUUCGAAAAUAAGAGAAGACAUUUCCAACCUUGUACGAGCUUUAAAUUACAAGUCGUGUAUAUUGGUAGCCCAUGACUUCGGAGGAACAGUAGCGUAUCAUGUUGCUACAAAAUUUCCAGAGUUAGUUGAUAAAUUGAUUAUUUUGAAUUCUCCACAUCCUGCAGCGUUUUUAGAAGCAGUUAAAACAAGAAAGUCACAGAAAGCAAAGUCUUGGUAUAUGGUGCUGUUCCAGGUCCAUUAUCUUCCUGACAUUCUCCUUCGGGUGUUUGAUUAUGAAUUUCUACGAUGUAUGUGUGGAGGUAGACUGGGCAGUGCUGUAACUGAUGACGAAAUACAAGCUUACCGUUAUAUGUAUUCAAAACAUGGGUUUUCAAAGCAACUGAACUUGUACAAAGCUGCAUUGAGUUACAGAAAAUUUUGUGAUACAGUAUCAACAGAGAUCGACAUUCCAUCCCUGAUUAUCUGGGGUGCUGGUGAUUCAUUUCUCGAUACUGAACUAGCAGAAAUGAACAGAAAAUAUUUACCAAAAAUGAAAAUCAAAAUUUUAGAUGAGGCUGGACAUUGGCCACACAUUGAUAAAGCUGAUGAAGUGAAUACCGCCAUUCAAGAUUUUCUGGAUGAAAAUUACUAACACUUAAACGGUUAAAUGUAAACACAAACACAUAUAUAUAUAUAUAUAUAUAUUAUACUUUUAUUAUGUAUAUCAAGAAUACUAGUAAUUAUUUCUAUCAUAAUUUAUUUACUUGUACAGAUUAUUUCAUUUAAAUGUGUAUAAUUAGUAUAAUGCUAUAAAUGUUCUGUUCAAAUUGAGUAUUUAUAUAAUAAACUAUCUGUUGACACAGAGAUAUGUCUCGCCUUUUUGCAAUUUUGAUAGUGUAAUACAAAUGUUGAAAUUAAAAUGGUAAUAUUUUAAA